AAGUUGUUUACAUCGGAUACGGCCAAAUGGCCUGUGAAUUUAACGUCUAGACAAACUAAGCGAAUGAACGGGUAAAGUUCCUAGAUGCUUACAAAUAAAAUGUCUGCUAAAAAGAAAAAUACCAACAGGGAAAGGGUCGUUCAAGAUAUAGGUCACGGUGACCUUUUCCUCAUUGGUGGAAAUGCCUUUAACCUGCCACCUCGACCACCAGAUGUCCAAGAUUAUAGAGGACCGUUAUAUUAUCAUGACAGCCAUAUGGAAGGAAGGCCACUUUAUCAAAAGAAGGAGAUUGACAAAAACUUUCAAAUGAUGAAUAACAUUGACAGGAUUGGAAAUGAGUCUCAGAUGACUAAUUAUUCCACAGGUAUACCUGGGCAUGAACAUGAGAAGAGGGGUCUUUUUAAUCCAAAUAGCAGACCUCCUAGUGGUUUACAGAGUAGAGGUAAAGAGUCGAGGGCAGCAAGUUCUUUAAAUAAACCUUCUCCAGAUCUGUCUCGGCCGGACAGUUUUGCCAAAGGUCUCAUAAGUAGACCUUCUAGUGCACUGAGUCGACCAGGCAGUGCAUAUCGUCCUGUUUCAAGGGCAGGAACAUUACUAGAAUAUGAAAUGGAUCCAGAUCAUGAACCUAUAACUGAUGUUCUGUCACGACUGGAUGAUUAUUCUCAGAACUUUGUUGCGAAUUUACCAGUGGCAUAUACUGACUGCGAGUGCACUACAGAAGAGUUCAGGUCAUCAAGUCGGCAAGUUAGGGUCAAUCACGGUGACUCUGAUCAUUCAGAGUCUGAUGAUGAAGAUGCUGGUGUGACCAUGGAUGUUUUAUUGAAGACAUUUCAGCAGUUUGAAGAGAAGGGUCAUUCUAGCAGCCGACAAAAGGCAAUGAUGACACUUGUGAACAGUUACACCUCACUAGAUACCCUGUCAGACCAGCAGCUACAUAAGUAUACAGUACAUGGAAACCAGUUUCUGAGUGAAAGACGCCUGUCUCAAUUUUGA